AUGUCCCCCUUUUCCCUCGUGGGCAACCUCACGGCCGUCCUGGCCGCCUUGGCCAUCGGGUCUCGCCAUGCCUCGGCCUCGCUAGACGUCCAGGCUCCAGACGGCGGCGACGUCGCGCCAGAGGUGGCCCAGAUGGACAUGGAGCAGCCAGCAAGCUCCUCGCUGCUCAGGUACGGCCACUGCUACUCCAUCCAGACGACAAGCGGCCAGGUCCUGGGCCACCAGCCGUCGGCGUGGAACUAUCUGCGCUUCGGGACCGGCACCAAGACGGCCCAUUUCAAGGUCUGCCAGAACGUCGGCCACUGCACCGCCCCAAACACCCACCACCAGACGCUGCCCAACCGCUCGCGCUUCUGGCUCUUCGACGUCGGCGGCAACCGCUACUCGCCCAACGGCCACCUGGUCGCCGCGAACUCGCCCCCCUUUGGCUCCAACCGCAACACGUAUCCCGCCGGCGGCGCCUACCGCUACUACAUCAACUUCUGGGGAGACAACGACUGUGCCGAUUCCGACACUCGUCUCCUGGGCAGGUGUCCCAUCAAGCUGCGCGUCGACAACCUCCGUGACGACCAGGGCUUGACCAUUGUCGAUCGGUAUCUCAGGACGGCUCCUUCAAAGGACAAAUACAUCACCGUCACUUUUCACGAAGCAAGGUGCCCCCAGAAGCAGGACGUUUCUGACGUGUCAGACGCGGAGCUUUAA